AUGACAACGCGAACUCAUGCUUCCACAGGCACCAGCAUCUGCAGCAGCAGCAGCAGCGCCCACCGCAGCAGCAGCAGCAGCAGCAGAAGCAACAGCACCAGCGUCCGCCGCCGCCUCCGCAGCAGCAGACCCAUCCGCAGCAGCACCACCAGCAGCACCACCAGCGCCCACCACAGCAGCAGCAACACCAGCAGCAGCACCACCAGCGCCCACCGCAGCAGCAGCAACACCAGCAGCAGCAGCAGCAGCAGCAGCAGCAGCAGCUACCCCGAGAGACGUGCCGCACUUGCCGCUACAAGUUCCACUCGGAGUGUAUCUACAGGUGGUUCCGCGUCUCCAGAAAGGCCAAGUGCCCCCUUUGCCAGUCUCCCUUCUAGCUCUGCUGCAGCAGCAGCAGCAGCAGCAGCAGCAGCAACAGCUUCCCCGACAGAAGUGCCGCACUUGCCGCUACUAGUUCUACUCCUAGUGGAUCUACUGGUGGUGCCUCGUCUCCUGAAAGGACAACUGCCCCCUUUGCCAGUGUCCCUUCUAGCUCUGCAGCAGCAGCAGCAGCAGCAGCAGCAGCAGCAGCAGCAGCAGCAGCAGCAGCAGCAGCAGCAGCAGCAGCAGCAGCGGCAGCGGCAGAGGGGGACACGGGCGGUUUCCGCGCGCCCAGACGAAGCCGGCAGCCGCGGCAGCAGCAGCGGCAGCGGCAGCAGCGGCGGCCGAAGCCGCGCAGCCCGCGCCGUCGAGGGUUUAGGCCGCUUCAGCAGCGUAAUCUCCCUGAGGGCCCCCCUGGGGAGGCCCUCGAGGUGGCUUUGCUUCGGCAGCAGCCGCAUUUGCUUCAGAGCCACUAUUGCGCCUCGCCGCGUGUCCCGCGCCUUCCACACGCGCCCUAGCAGCAGCAGCAGCAGCAGCAGCAGCAGUAGCAGCAGCAGCGGCGGCGGCGGUUGCAGGGCAGCAGCAGCAGCGGUGCUGGUGGUAGUGGUGCUGGGAGGGGCAGCAGAAGCAGCAGCAGCGAUUGCAUUGCAGCAGCAGCAGCAGCACUGCAGCAGCAGCAGCAGCACUGCAGCAGCAGCAGCACUGCAGCAGCAGCAGCACUGCAGCAGCAGCAGCAGCAGCAGCAUACCGUAA